AUGGAGAAGACCAACCAAGCCACCAAGACGCUCCGCACCCGAACCUCAUCCGUCCAGCUCGUCCUCAACCAUGUCACCCACACCCCAGCCGACCACCGCUUCGCCGCCAACAACUUCGAUCACACCACCAACCUCUCACCAAUCACCGGCUCGCCCACCCUGUCGGAACAGCCCAAAUCGCAGCCGAAAACCACCAAACCAAUACCCCACUGGGAGCAAGUCAGUCAAGGCUUCUGGCAUGACUUGAAAACGAUGAGAUGGAUGCGCCAUCCAGGCACCUCCUUCCGUAUGAUCCUCAUCAUCCUUCUUCCCUGGGCCAUCCUCGAACAACUCAGCUUCCUCGGCUGGCUCGACUCAAACCCAUUAUCUCCCUUCGUCUUGAUCUCCUACCCACUACCACUCCAGGCCGACGAAAGCUACCAUCGGUACGGGAAAGGAGUCAAGGAUUUCCUCUUCCUGGCCUUCUACAUCAUAGUCUUCUCAUGCAUCCGCCAAACCGUCACCGAAUAUCUCAUCAGGCCCUACGCUAGGUACCUCGGCCUCAGAGGUACCAAACAGCACAGGUUUGUCGAUCAAGGCUAUGCGGUCUUUUACUGGGGCUCGGCAACGAUCAUCGGAAUGCGUGUCAUGGCCAGUCAGCCUACGUGGUGGUACAACACGGCCGAGUUUUGGAAAGGAUAUCCUCAUUGGAGGAUGGAGCCCACGACCAAAGUUUACUAUCUGUUACAGUUCUCCUACUGGCUACAACAGAUGCUCAUCGCGUCCCUCAGGAUAGAGAAACCCCGGAGUGAUUUCGUCGAACUGAUCAUUCAUCAUUUGGUAACCUUAUGGCUUGUUGGAUGGUCUUAUGUCACAAAUCUCACGAUGAUUGGCACGACUAUCUUCGUCUCUAUGGACAUCUCCGAUACUUUUCUCGGACUAUCCAAGUGCAUCAAUUACACGAAAUACCAGCGUACGUCGGAAGUGAGCUUUGCGAUCUUCUUGUGUAUUUGGACGUAUUUUCGACAUUGGCAGAAUCUGCGGAUCUUAUACUCGGUGUAUUCGGAGUACCAGACGAUGGUGCCGGAGUUUGCCAAGCGAUGGUCGCCUUCGAAUGAGGUGUAUCUGACUGGAUGGAUGAGAUGGCAGAUCUUUGCGCCGAUCAUGCUACUACAGAUCCUGAAUUUGUUUUGGUAUUUCUUGAUCUGGCGAAUUGUUUAUAGGAUGAUUGUGGGGAAUCCGCUGGCAGAUGUUAGGGAGGAGGGCGAAACAGACGAAGAAGAAGAAGAUGACUCGGCAGCCAAAAAGAAGAAGCAAUAG